UUAUCACGUUUAACAGCAAUCUUUCGGGAACUUGAACGCAGCAAUUAUUGCGUCAGCGGUUUCUCGGUAAAUCCACUGCACUAAGGUAAAAAUCAAGCACGUGCCUGUCGACGUGUGGCUGUUCUGAGGUAAAGAUGAAGUGAGGGCUAAAUCCCACUGCAAUACUAUCAGCAGCAUUGCGAGUAAUCCUUUGCUACGAAAUAAAUAUGGACACUUUUGAAGAUCAUGUUAUAUUAAGGAAGGAUUCAAAGCGUCCCGCUCAAUGUGCCCUUUCACCAGUGGACCUAAAAUUAACACACACAGAAUGUAAUCCUGACAAUACGUUGGUCUACUUUCAAGGUGAAGAUCCUACAAUCUGUGAAUUGGACUACAACAUACUCCAAGCAGAAAUUCAGAAUGUCUCCAAAACAACCGUAUCUCCAGAAGUUGGAGACGUGUGCUUGGUGGAAGAUUGUAGUCUUCCACCUUCUAUUCGCUGGUACAGAGGAAGACUUCAGAACAAAUCAGGAGAAUUUUUUAAUGUCUUCCUACUGGAUCAUGGAAAUAUUAUUACCGUUGGUCCCAGCCAUUUGUCUGCAAUUUCGGAUUCUUUACUCAUGCUACCACCAAAGAUUGUCUGUGGCUACAUUGCUAAUGUGCUGCCGUUUCAGGAACGCUGGGACCAACCAUCAGAGAAAUAUUUUUCUUCCAUGUUAGGCAAACAUAUCAAAGGAUAUAACCAUGGUCUUCUGCCAUACAAGCGUCUUAUUCUGGAAGUGCCAGAAAUAACCAAAGAUUUAUUAAGAUUGAGAUUAGGCAGACAUGUGGAUACAGACACGUUUCUGCUGCUGGUGGAUCUGGAGAUAGAAAUACCAAUUCAACAAAGCUGUGAGUCUGUCCUUGAUUUGCUCAUCGAAAAGAAAAUUGCACAAGAGAUUUUUUUUAAAUCUUCUAAUUUAUGUGCCUACGAAAAUAUUCUUUCGCUUGGUAGCUCCAAGUUAGUUGUUGGACAGGAGGAAAGCGUUAGAAUAUCUGCUGCUGUAAACCCUUGGUUGUUUUACUGCCAGUUGUCCUCUGCUGCAAAGGACCUUAAAGAGAUGUCAGAAAAAUUGGCACUUGUUUGUAAGUCGAGGAACGGUGACUUAAGAGACAGGUCAGGUGAAAAUAUGGGCUUACUUUGUGCCGUCAAAGGCAAAGAUGAGAAGUGGCACAGAGGUUUAGUGCAGUGCCUCCCUGUUAACUCCCAGGUUAGAGUAGUAUUUGUUGACUAUGGGUAUUGUGAAUCUGUAAAUGUUGAAAACAUCUUUCAGUUGCCUUCAGAUUUUCUUCUGAGUCCAGUCAUGGCUUUCCGGUGUUCUCUUUCUUGUUUGGCUGACAAAGACAAAGCCACAGUAAACCAGCAACUAGUACUUCUGAGAAAAGGGUUACGGGGUAAGGAGCUUGUGAUUACAAUCGAUGGAUUAAAAAAGGAAAAGAAUACCUGUUCAGUCACACUUAGCAACGUUGUUAAACAUGCCCCUAUUAAAACUGUAGAAUGUAAAGAGUUCCCUAAAAUGGCAAGCAGUAGUAUUCUUGCUAAUGUUCACCCAUUGAAUUACAUUCCAAAUGAGACAACAAAGGUGGAAAUCUCAAAGAAUCUUAUGGCUUUUAAAGACAUAAAAAAUAGCUCUGUUUUUGAGGGUUACGUUGAACAUGUUCGAAAUCCUCAUGAUUUCUGGAUAAGAAGAGCAAAGUCCAACGAUCGAUUUGAGGCCAUGAUGAAUAAACUGUCCGAACGGUUUAGUAGCUUACAACUGAAUGAGGAAAUCCUUCCGAACCCAGUGCCUGGUCAGCUUUGUUGUGCCAUGUAUGAAAAAGACAUGCAUUACUACAGAGCUCGUGUGUUGGAUAUUCUUGAAUAUGGCGCAGAGGUGUUUUUCAUUGACUUUGGAAACACAGAAAAGGUGCCAAGCAUGUUAAUUAAAAAAAUUCCCACUGAAUUGACUGUGGAGCCAAUGUUUGCUCUCAAUUGUUCCUUAGCUCAUGUUAUUCCAGUGGAAGAUGUCUGGACAUCUGCAGCAACAGACUUCUUCAGGAAAACCACCUUUGAGGAAGCACUCCUUGUUCACGUACUUUACAGAAGGGGCGAUGUGUUUGUUGUGGAUAUGUACAAGAAAAGGUGUGAGAAAAGUGAAAGUAUUGCAACACUUUUGACAAGCGCAAAUAUGGCAGAAACCUGGACAUAUCGUGCAAUAAAAACUCCUGCUACAGCUGUAGAUAAAAAGAACAAAACAGGCAAGACCUUUGCAAGAAGAAGACCGUUUGCUGAGAAUUAUUGUAAACCAACACCACAGGAACACCCUAGCAAGGCGAUGAGGCAAGUGAUAGCCAUGGAAAAUCAAGUCCAAACUGAGACACAGAAAUGCAGUGCUGUUGAAAAUUUCAAAGGCUAUAACUUUAAUCCAGGAACUGUGAUUAGUGUCCAGUGUUCACAUGUCAUUUCCCCUUCAGAAUUUUGGUGCCAGAACAUGAAAUACAAAAACAACUUGGACAAAUUAAUGCAAAGACUACAAAGGUUUUACCAGACAAAUACCUCUGUGUUGCAGCCCUACAGUGAAUGUUGUGCUGUCCAGUUUCAACAGGACAAUAAGUGGUACAGAGGGUCCAUUCUUGGAGGAGCAGGUCUAAACCUUAAGGUGAUUCUAGUUGACUAUGGUAUGGUUGUGCAAGAAAAUCUGCAGCAACUUCGAGCUCUAAAUCCAGAGUUCCUUGAGCUUGAAAAACAAGCAUUCAGAUGUAGUUUGUACAACUUGACUGACCCAAUUGGAGGAGAUGUGUGGUCUGACGAAGCAAACAAUUCGUUAAAGGAUUUUACUUCUGGAAAUUGUGAUCUAAGAUGCAAAAUCUACUCCCAGGUCUCUGUGGCAAAUAAAGGCCUUUGCAAUGUGGUUGACUUGUACACACCUCUUCAACAAGCCUCUACGUAUCUCAUAGGGAAGGGUGUUGCCAAGGAAAUACAGCAUCCAACCAAGCUACAUCCUUCUGUCUAUCCAUGCUCUUUUGUUUAUUCUUCUUUUGACAUUAAGAUUGGAAGUGAAGAGUUGGUGUUCCCUACUCAUGUUGUUAGUCCUUGGGAAAUCUAUCUCCAGCUGGAGAGAAAUACUGAAAUUAUUGAGCAGCUCAUGGACAGGUCUGUGAAGGAAAGUAAAGAGUUAAUGAGUCAGAGGCAUUCCGGUGAAACUGGCAGUGUUUGCUUGGCCAAAUACUUUGAAGAUGGCAUGUGGUACAGAUCAUAUGUUUGGCCUGCUCAUUCCAGUCUACACUUCAAUGUAUUCUUUGUAGAUUAUGGAGGCAAGCAGGUUGCUGAAAAAAAGGAUGUACUACCCAUCCCCAUAAAGGCAGCUGAUUUGCUUUUGACACCUGUGCAAGCUUUAAGGUGUAGUCUUUUAAAUAUUUCUGAGGAGGAAAAUUUGCCUGAAGUUAAUACAUGGCUUAAGAAGGCCAUUCUCAACAAGGUACUUCGAGCAAAGUUUGUUGCAACAAACUGCAGUGGAGAUUUCAUUUGUGACCUGUUUGAUGGUGACUUUCAUAUUAAUGAGAAAGUGCGAGAACUUUUUGCAAUUCAUGGCAAAAAUGAGCAAUCUGUCAGAAAUCCUAUCAGGGAUUGUGUUAAAAAAGCGGAGACUGUAUCCUUUGUGGCCAAUGAAUUCAAGACCAGGCGGAGACCUCAUGUGGAAUCUGGGGUCAAAUCACAUUGGACACUAGGCUACAUCAAAAUCGUACAGCAGUCUCAUCAACAGAAGUCAGUCAAAAUUAAAUCUCCACAAAAAUCUCACAGUCUAAAUAGUAGUUCUGUAGGAAAAGGCUAUGGCAAAAAAAAUCACAGUCUAAAACCCAGAAAGGAACUGCAGAAAGAAAAGUGCACCAUUUCGAGCACUUCUAAAGUAAAGUCCUCUAAAGUGCUGCCAAAGAUUAGUGAUCUACCAGCCAUCAAAAUUGCACCAGGAUUCAGUUGCAUAGGGUUCAUUUCUCACUGUGAAAGUGUUGAAAGCUUCUUUGUCCAAAUGGAGAAGGAUGAACAAACCAUCCUUAAAGUAAGAGAGGAACUAAACAGCAGCCCUUUCACAGAGAGCUUGCAGAGUGUUACCUCAAAUGUAAAAAUAGGGGAUCUGAUUGCUGCUAGGUACGACAAAGAUUUGGCUUUAUAUCGAGCUGCUGUCAAAGGUGUAGGAAUCGGUGGUUUUAUAAAAGUUGAAUUUGUUGACUAUGGAAAUACAGCAAUUGUUGACAAGAAGAAAAUUCACUCAUUAGCAAGCAAGUUUCUGUCUCAGGCGAGAUUAAGCACUGCCUGCAAACUUUCGAAACCAAACAUUUUAGAGGAUUUUAAGGCUUUACUCAGUGACACACAUGACAAACCUCUGAUGGUAGAGUUUGUACAGAAUCUUGGCUGUGUGUGGGAAGUGAAUAUUCAGGGACUUGAUCCUUUGAAUGAGUUGAGAAAAUCUGAUCCUUCUAAAGGAACGGAAGAAAACCUUCCAGAUUCAGACCAAGCCGAGCAAAGGGUGUAUGCAGCAGUGCAUGAAGAUGACGCUUCUUUUACAAGUACGUGUGAAAAGACUGCUGAAGCAGAACCAGAAAGCAUCAAAAACGGCACCAAUGCACUUAAACCUAGAACCAUAGAGAGUAUAGUGGUUCAAAAGAAAACUUUGGAAAACGUGCAGGCCACAAGAGCUAAAGGCUACAUGCAUAAAUUAAGUACAAGUCAAAAACCUAGCUCCUACAAAUGUAAACCUGGUGAAAAACAAGAUGUAUGUCACAGUGAUUUGCCACAGAAGACUGAAACACACAACAGUGUUAAAACAAACAAACUUUCGAAUAUAUCUAACAAUUCCUGUAGUUGGACUGAUUCAAAUAGUCUUAAAACCUCUGUUGAACUGUCAGAGAGAGUAGAAGUUGAUGGAAAAGAUAUCGGUGUAACGAAAUGUCAGUCUGCUGAACAUCAGCCAGCUUCAGAACAUGAGUGCCCUGCAAGCACGGUCAUUCCACCAGAGAAGACGAUGGACAAAGAUGAGAUCCGACGCCUGUUUCUUGCACCUAUUAAAAUGGAUCAUGAAUACUCAGGAUUUGCAGCAUCAGUCACCACACCUGUUGAGUUUUACAUUGUACUUGAGGACCUACUUCUAAUCAUGAAUGCUGUAUCAAACGUCCUUGAUGAUCUACCAGAGGACUUGGCUCCUUUGCCAGAGGCUCAUCUGAUUUCUGGUACCAGCUGUCUGGUAAAGUCUCCAGAGAAAAAAUGGUGUCGAGCAGAGAUAAUACAAUGUGAUGACAGGACAAUAACCGUUAUUCUCGUUGAUUAUGGGUACUGUGUACAUUUGGCAUGCCAAGAUGUCUGCAAACUUAAAGUGCUUCCUGUAGGGCUUGCUGCAUUUCCGAAGAUCGCGUAUUCUUGCUUUUUAAGAGGAAUUAAGCCAGCUGAUGGGCUGCAGUGGUCUGACCAUGCUGCUAUGUUUUUCCAACAGUGCAUGUAUCAAAAGAAUCUUAAGAUACAUUUCAAAGAUUGUGUUUCUGAGGCACAGUGGGCGGUUGAUGUCACCUCGUCUAACAGAAACAUUGCCAAAGAGUUGGUUGAUGCUGGUCAUGCUCAAUACAUAGAUCCUGUGCUUGGAAUACGGUUUCAGCAAGCUCUAGGCCAUAAAAGGGAAUCCAAGGUCGAAUUUGGAGAGGAAGUCUACAAAGCUAUAUCUGCCCAGCAUGAAGAAACACAAUCAGAGAUGGAGAGAGUGCCACCGAUUUAUUUGAAAGAAGUUUCUGUAAACUGUAGUCCAGAAAAAGAGACUGAAGACCUCUUCAGCGAAGACUCUGACAAACAUGGAUCAGCACAGAAAAUGUGUAGGUUACGUCACUGGGUUUGCAGACUGCAGUGAAGCGGAUUCCAUGUGAUGUUUAUGCUGAGAAAAUGUUUGGACAUUUUAUUGCUUGUUUAUUUUGAUUAAGAAUCUAAUCCAAAAUAUCUGGUGAAUGUGAACAUACUGGUUGUGUUAUUUUUAAUUUGGCUAAAAUAUUUUUUUAUUUUUUUUACAUUUUCUUGGCUGUUUAAUAGAAAACAAGUAUGCGAUUGUUCUUAUUGAUUGUAAUGAAUAUUUUCAUUUGUGUUCUUAAAUUUUUUCUUAUAUUUUUUAUGGUUAUUGUUCUUAACUCCCCUUUAUUUUGAAUUAUUGUCUUCAGGAGUUCAGAAGAUUAUUACACUAUUGUUCUUUAAACUGACAAACAAAAAAAAACUUUAUUAUGCCUGUUUAUGAACAAGUUUAGAUUAAUAUAAUGUAAAAUAAUGUUGAUGUUUGUCCUUGGAAUAAAGCACAAGCAGAAAA